ACAGCUCGCUAUCUCUUCAUUUCGCUCUGUUUGUAACUCGCAUAAGAAGUAUCGACAUAGCGCGCUUUUAAAGUUAGAAAACAACCAAACAAGCCCUUGGACCGACGAUCUCCACGAAGCCGUCUCACUCUGUCUCUCUCUCUUUUCCCUCCCUUAGUCUCCUUUAAUAAUUUCAUUUCUCGUCCUACUUUUUUCAACCGUUUUCUUUCGCCUCAUAUUUCUCGGAUCUUCUCUGUCUCUACAAAGAUCUUCGUUUCUGUCCUCCAACUUCAUUCAUUUUCUGAGUUUGGGUGAGAAAUGGCUUCGAUAUCGUAUUCUCCAGCUGCCUUUGAUGGAACUUCAGCUUCCGAUCUUCUUCGGAGCUCCUCUAGCGGCGUGACUGGCAUCCCUCUUAAAACCUUGGGGAAGGUACGAUUUGUGGUGAAAAGGAGGGAUGUAAUUGUAGCUGCAAAGAUGAGGAAAAUGAAGAAACAUGAAUACCCAUGGCCUGCAGAUCCGCAUCCAAAUGUGAAAGGCGGAGUCCUCACUCAUCUCUCUCAUUUCAAACCACUGAAAGAAAAACAAAAGCCUGUUACUUUGGAUUUUGAGAAGCCACUUGUUGAUUUAGAGAAGAAGAUUGUUGACGUGAGGAAGAUGGCAAAUGAAACCGGUUUGGAUUUCGGUGAUCAGAUUAUUUCUUUGGAGAAUAAAUAUCAACAGGCUCUAAAGGAAUUAUACCUGCAUAUUACCCCUAUACAACGCGUGAACAUUGCCAGACACCCUAAUAGACCUACAUUCCUUGAUCAUGUAUUUAACAUGACUGAUAAGUUUGUGGAACUUCAUGGAGACCGAGCAGUGUAUGACGAUCCAGCUAUCGUUACUGGUAUAGGAACCAUAGAUGGUAGGAGGUACAUGUUUAUUGGUCAACAAAAGGGUAGAAAUACUAAAGAGAAUAUUCAGCGUAACUUUGGAAUGCCAACACCCCAUGGUUACAGGAAGGCUUUACGCAUGAUGUAUUAUGCAGAUCACCACGGGUUCCCUAUAGUUACUUUUAUUGACACUCCUGGGGCCUAUGCAGACCUUAAGUCUGAGGAGUUGGGUCAAGGUGAAGCUAUUGCCCAUAAUUUGAGGACAAUGUUUGGUCUAAAGGUCCCAAUUGUUUCUAUUGUUAUUGGGGAAGGUGGCUCUGGUGGUGCCUUGGCCAUUGGCUGUGCUAACAAGUUGUUAAUGCUGGAAAAUGCAGUCUUUUAUGUUGCCAGUCCUGAAGCAUGCGCUGCAAUUUUGUGGAAGACUGCGAAAGCUUCUCCGAAGGCAGCUGAGAAGCUGAGGAUCACUGCCCCAGAAUUAUGCAAGCUGCAAAUUUGUGAUGGAAUCAUUCCUGAACCACCGGGUGGGGCCCAUGCUGGUGCAACUUGGACUUCACAACAAAUAAAAGCUGCAAUCAAUGAAACAAUGGACGAGCUCACGACGAUAGACACAGAAGAGCUACUAAAGCAUCGCAUGCAUAAGUUCAGGAAGCUGGGUGGGUUCCAAGAGGGUGUCCCAAUAGAUCCCAAGAAGGAGGUCAAUAUGAAAAAGAAAGAACAAACUGUACCUAGGUCCUCAAAAGCAGAGCUGGAGGGUGAGAUUGAAAAAUUGAAACAGCAAAUCUUGAAAGCCAAGGAAUCAUCUACCAAGCCUCUUGAGGUGGCUUUGAAGAACAUGAUUGAAAAAUUGAAGGAGGAGGCUUAUCACGAAUACUCUGAGGCCAUCAGAGCCAUGGGCUUGAAGGACAGACUUGAGAUGCUGAGAGAAGAAGUUUCAAAAGUAAAUUCUAAGGACAGACUAAUGAAUCCUGUUCUGAUGGACAAGAUUGAGAAGCUUAAGCAUGAGCUGAACCAGAGUCUAUCAGCGGCUCCAAAUUACACAAUCCUCAAAUAUAAACUUGACAUGUUGAAGGAGGUUUCUACAGCCAAGAGUCUCUCCAAGGCUGCUACAAUGAAGCAGGAAGUUAAUAAGAAAUUCAGUGAAAUCAUGGGUCGGCAUGAGAUAAAGGACAAGCUUGAAGCAUUAGAAGCUGAGGUUCAAAGUUCUGGUUCAUCAAGCUUUAUUGAUUUAGAUGAAGGGGUGAAGGACAAAAUACUGAAGUUGAAGAGCAAGAUAGAAUUGGAAAUGAUUAGUGCUCUGGAGUCUUUGAGUUUGGAGGUUGAGGUUGUAAAAUCUAAUGCAAACCCAACCUCACUCUCAGUCUUCAAAAAUAAGGUGGAUAAUUUGAAUGAAGAAAUUAACAAGACAAUUGAAGAAGUUGUGAAUUCAUCGGAGUUGAAAAAUAUGAUGGAGUUGUUGAAGCUGGAGAAGGCAAAGGCAGAGGCAGAGGAUGUUGAGUCGGAAAGUAAUAUUGAGGCUCUACAGCAACAGAUUAAGCAAAGAAUUUCAGAAGCUAUCAGCUCCUCAGAAUUGAAGGGGAAGCACCAAGAGUUGAAGGCAGAAAUUUCUGAAGCAAUACAAUCAUCUGGUGGAGCUAAUGGAAGUUUGCAAAAGGAAACCAAGCAUGCGGAACCUAUGCUCGAGAUGAAUUUUGCUUAAUGUGUGCAGCUCCUAUACAUUGUCUACUUUUUUUCUUUUUCUUUUUGAUUUAGAUUUCUGACGAAUAAAUAGAUUUCUUACAUUAUUUAUUUUAUUUUAUGCAUAAGGGUGUAUGGCACUUAGCACAAGGACCUCGAAUAAUUUUAACUAUUUUUCCACCAA